UGGAGCGGGGAGAAAACAUGGCGGCCCCCUCGUGUGAAGUAAUGCUUGCUCCUGUCAAAAAGCCAACAGUCCGAGGACCCCGCCGAGUGGCCAAUCAGAUUCCUGAUGAAAUCCUGCAGGAUCCCGAGUUGCAGGAGGCCAUGAAAGCCUUACCCGCAAACUACAACUUUGAGAUCCCCAAGACCGUGUGGCGAGUCAGACAAGCCAAGGCAACAAGAGUGGCUCUGCAGCUUCCAGAGGGCCUGCUGUUAUUUGCUUGUGUCAUCGCAGACAUCAUCGAAAGGUUCACGGAAGCGGACACCAUCGUGAUGGGGGACGUGACAUACGGGGCUUGCUGCCUGGACGAUUUCACCUCCCGAGCCUUGGGAGCCGACUUCAUGGUGCACUAUGGACACAGUUGUCUCGUCCCCAUCGACUCCACUACCCAAAUUAAGAUGCUUUACGUGUUUGUGGACAUCCAGAUGGACAACGCACACUUACUGGACACGGUCAAGUUCAACUUCCCUCCUGGACAGUCCCUGGCGCUCGUGAGCACCAUUCAGUUUGUGACUGCACUGCAGGCUGUGAGUGCAGCCCUUAAACCAGAGUAUGAUAUGGUGGUUCCACAGUGUCGACCUCUGUCACCGGGAGAAAUUUUGGGCUGCACCUCUCCUCGCUUGGACCGCAACGUCAAUGCCAUAAUCUAUUUGGGAGAUGGGAGAUUUCACCUGGAGUCGAUCAUGAUCUCAAAUCCAGAUAUCCCUGCGUACAGGUACGACCCCUACAGUAAAGUCUUCUCCAGGGAGUACUACGACCACGUGGCCAUGCGUGCCUUGAGGCUAGAGGCCAUCGACAAGGCUCGCUCAGCCCAGAGAUGGGGGCUCAUUUUGGGCACGCUGGGCCGUCAGGGAAACCCAAAAGUUCUGGAGCACAUAGAAUCAAGGCUGCAGUCUUUGGGCAGGCGCUUUUCUCGAGUUCUUCUGUCUGAGAUUUUCCCCAGCAAGUUGGAUCUAUUGCCUGAUGUCGAUGCGUGGGUACAGAUUGCGUGUCCACGGCUGUCCAUCGAUUGGGGUUCGGCGUUCUCAAAACCCCUGCUGUCUCCCUAUGAGGCAGCAGUGGCCCUCCAGGAGACGUCCUGGAAGGAGGUCUACCCCAUGGACUUCUACUCCAAUCAGAGCCUUGGGCCAUGGACCCCCAACCACCCGGACAACCAGCCUGCUCGCCCCACUCGAGCAAAAGCCCAGGUUGGCUAUCCGGCUGCUUCCCUGCAGAAAGCCAACAAGCAGCCUGCUCAGGCGCAGUGCGCCCCCUGUGGCUGCCAAGGGGAAUAAUGCAGCAACAGUUCUCAAGACUGAUUAGAAGAAAGUGGGUAUACACUUAAGCCAACCUGCCAAAACGAAUCCGUCACUUCUUACAGCAAAUCACACUGUACUUCUCCACACACUGCAGCAUUCAGAACACUUGUUAACACUCAUGAGAUCAUAUCUCUGACGUCUUCAUGCAUGUUCAUUAGUAGCAUUCCCAUGGAGAAGUUGUCGGAGUUUUGCCCCAUGCGCUGGAAAUGUAAUGGAGAGACGCCAUUGGGUACUGUGUGAAGGAAAAAGAAAGCGAGACAAUGACCAAGAGUGUGGUGACUUUGGUCGGACGCGACCCACUUGGAUUUGAUUUAAAUGCUGUACGAGCAGUGUUCUUGUUGUUCACGCCAUGCUUCACACGCAGCCCUUCUGGGAUCCACUCUAUGGGAUGAAGCACUUUUUUAUUUUUUAUUUAUUUUUUUUAUUUUUUUUAAAGCACCGCAAGAGCUUUCUGCCAAAUAGCUCUGCUACGACAGCACUGUAAUUCUUACUUUUAUGACUUUUUAGUAAACAAUAAAUGGAAAACAAAUCAA